AUGGAAAAGGAACGCUCCUCACCGAGGCUGUCAUUUGAAGAAAGUGAGGGUCGAGCCCUGCUGCUGAAGGAGUGGAGUCGAUACAAACAGGAGCAGCACAUGGCUGAAAUGGAGGCUGUUGAACUCGCUCUGGAGGCACAGAGGGAAGCGCUGGAGGAGCUGAAGCUGGAGUCUGAGGAGCUGUACCAGGCAGCGCUGAAGCCAGACCCCCUCUUGUUUCCCUUCAGUCACGAGGGUCCUGCCUACACACCACCCAAGACAAAGUAUGACGCUCCGGAUGGGAAAUACAAUGACAUCACUAAAGUUUACACCCAGUGAUGGACAGGGCACAGCACUUGGUGCAGCCUGUAUGGUUGUUUAUUUAGUGUCUCCUUGUUUGUACAUGAUUCAAAAAACCAAGAUGCAGCUUUUCUUAAAGUGAAAGUCAACCUUGUUUUUUUCUUUAAUUGUAUGAGAGUAUGAAGCUGACAGUCACCUCCACUCAUUUCUGUAUUAUCACUUGUUUUCCCCCCAUUUUCACACCUCUGUGUAUAACAUAAAAAGAAAAUAAAACUGAAUUUUUUAUUGA